AUGAGCGACUUGGAGUUUCUUAUAAGGAGAAAGAAACGUCACAAGCCGUGUCCCGACGACAUUCCAGCAGAAUCUUUGAGUGUAGAAAGCUUUCUGGCUGGAUCGGAAGCGAAAGAAGAACCACAAGAACUGUGCGCUAAUAUAGAUUUGAGCUUGAAUGGCUUGACCAAGCGUUCGCGUUCAACGAAGGUAGAAAAGACCACGAUAAGAAGCACAAUACAUCUGGUGUGGCGUCGUAGUAUGUGCCGUUAUCGCUUUGAUAGCAUACAAAUGGAGAAGAUGACAGAAACCACUGAUACCAUCAAAAGAAACAACAAGCUAGCUAGUGUAUAA